UGCGAAUAUAUAACAAUCACACAUCGCAUACAACCAACCACAUUCGAUAUUGACUAACACGAUGAAGGGUGCACUUGUAUUUGCUGCUUUGGCUGUCUUCGCCAUGGAGUGCGAGGCUGGAGGCUACGGGGACAACCCUAGACCCGCAGCCAAGACAUUCGAGGAGAAGGUGGCUAUGUCGUACAACUACGAACCCAUUGGCUCCAACGAUAUGCGUGCCAACAGCAUUCCCGACUCUUGGGACUGGAAUGAUGUGGAUGGCAAUUCCUACCUGGCCCCAAGCUGGAACCAGCACAUUCCCAAAUACUGUGGCUCCUGCUGGCUGCACAGUUCGCUGAGUGUUGUUCAGGACCGUAUCAAGAUCAUGCACGGUGGUGAUGGCAUUGAUGUCAUGCUAGCCAGACAAGUCCUUCUCCAGUGCGCACCUCUCGCCAAUCUCUCUAACGGAUGCAAGGGUGGCGAGCCUUCCGAUGUAUUCGGCUACAUGCAGAAGUACAAUCUUCCUGAUGAGGGCUGCUUCGUCUAUAAGGCUGACGACACCGAUUUUAUGCACCUAAAGAAAGAGGGUAUCUCCGAGUGCCCUGCUGAGGGACGUUGCGUCAAUUGCAUGACUGGCCACAAGCCCGAGUGCUAUGCAAUUGAGAACCCAUUGACCUACGGUGUCAAGUCCUUCGGCCCUGUGCCAGAAGGCGAAGAUGCCAUGAAGGCUGAGAUCUACAACAGAGGCCCCAUUGUAUGCAGCAUCGCUACUGGCAAGGCUCUAGACUACGGCUACCGCGGUGGAGUGUUCAUCGACGUGAACAACGUCACCGAUGUCGACCACGACAUUGAAGUUGUUGGAUGGGGAGAGGAGGACGGUGUGCCAUUCUGGAAGAUUCGCAACAGUUGGGGUACCUUCUGGGGCGAGUUGGGUUUCUUCAAACUGAGACGCGGCACCAACGAGCUGCAGGUGGAGAAGGACUGCUGGUACGCCGUGCCUGAUAUCAGUAUGGAGAAGGAGAUGUUGGACGGGAAACUGGUGGGAUCUAUGGAGAAGGGUCUAGUCAAGAAAGACGAGGCUGAAUUGUAAGCGUGCAAUUGAUCUUGUCUGAUAAUGAUAUGAUUGCAGUGCAGAAUUGGAUCCAACUCGAGUGUCGAGCUGAGCUGGUUGAAAAGAAUAGCGACAGUGUAUAGGAUAGUGCUAGCUGCUAGUUUUGUUUUAAUUGUCGGUAUUCCUGCUGAGGUUUCGAUCAUUCAAGGUUCUUAGUCUAAAUGUCGAGGGUCAGCCGCGCCCUUCGGAAAGAACGCUCUCGUUAUCUAUUAGUUACUAAUCCCGAAUUUCAUGAAGAGUAAACUAUUUUUAAAAUUUAGCAA